CAAAAGUGCAAGCGUACGUCCAACACAAAGUUUGCGUUGCAUUCCAUUCGCAUUGCCACCAUGACUUCCUUGCUCUUCCACCGCAGAGCCACAGCCACUGUGCUGACCGCAAGAUUGCCACCAGUGCUGAUGCGCUCCAUGACGAGGCUCUCUGCUCCUCGCGCCGCAACUUUUGUGGCGGUUACUCGCAUUGGUGCAACAGCCUCUCGCCCCACGAGAAUUGCCCAAAGCAUUCCUUUCCGCUCCAUCUGUACCAACGAAGAGGCCGCCUUGGGGAAGCUCUCGUCCCCCAAGCCCAUACCUGGAAAUGACGUUUCGAAGGCAAAGAGCGCGGGUAGCCGUACUGAGCAGAAGCAGAGCAAGUAUGCAGCACCGUGGCCAACUUCAGGGAGAUGGAACGGUCGAAAGUGGGCCUUCUGGAUCACCUUCCCUCUGAUCAUUUCGAUCGUACCCGCAAGCCAGGCCUACGGAUGGGAACGCGUGUGGGCUCGCAAGGCCAACAUGGAGGAGGGUUGGAUGAUCUGGACGAUCGAAUCGACCUGGGUAGAGCAGGAUGCGGACAGCGCAACACCGGCAGCCGCGGACCUUGCCAAGAUGGGAUUAUGCCGGCGCCUUGUACUACACGAUCUCAGCGCCAGCCUUUACCGCUCUCUGAAGGACAAGGUAGCUAUGCUCGACGAAGCUGUUGCAGAGUAUGUUCUAUACUCCUAUGGCGUGGCAGCCAAUUGGUACCUCAACGCCCCAUCGAACAAAGUGGCAACAGCGCACCUCAUUGCUCUCAACACUGCGGUCUUUCUGGCAUGGCGAGUGGCAGCCUUGCGACGCCCCUGGACUCAAUUUAUGUUGAAGUAUUUUAUGGACAGACCAUUCCCUGCUGGGCAACGUUGGCGACGUUCCGGAAACAUGUAUCGGGCACCCUUCUCGCACCCGUCGCUAGCACAUUUCCUGGUCGCGCAGGCUGCCUCAUGGUCAGUAGCUCCUGCCGCACUGCAGGUAAUGGAGGAGCGAAUGCAGAGUAAUCCAGGUGCUCAGCACAAGUCACGCGAUGUAUUUGGUGGCGUAGGACUCGGAUGCAACCAUCUAUUGUGGGCCACCUUCCUCACCUCGGCUAUUGGCGGAGCUUUCUUCUCACGCCGCUGGUCGUACGAGCUGUUUCGACAUUGCACACUGCCUGUGGAACGUCUAGCUCCCGGAGAGGUGCGGCCGAUGAUGCGGAUGCAUUGGCGCGCACGCUAUUCAGGAGCUGGUGCAGGCAUCUUCGGCCUCCUUUCCUUCGUCGUCCAGGAAGAGCACCAGGCCGGGAAGGACGCCGAUCAGCGUGCUCGUCUCGCUUUGCCCUUCUUGCGUUCUGAGUAUACCCUGCCUGCACGGGAAACAUUCCUUGUUCUGUGCGCUUUCGACGCUCUCUGCAUCCUUCGCGGAGUACGAGUACAAUCAACCAGCUCUGCGGCUCGCCUGGGCGGGGCCGUCUGGGGUUUGCUGUGUAUACCAGCCGUUCUUCACUCUUCCCUCAUCGUCAAGGCUCUCAGAGCAAUGUGGGACCUGCCUCAAGACUCGCUCAAACACGUCGGAGAGAGGGCAGAAGCGAGAGAGGGGGGGAAGAGGCACAUCAAUGAGCAGAGGGCCGCUAUGGGCGAUGCUCCGAGGAGACAAGGCCAAGCCGAGUCUUUUUCGCACAGACGGCCGAUAGCCGACUCGCUGCGGGAGUGACGCGUUGCAGGUUUGUUGGCAAGCAACAGAGGCAAGAAUGAUGAAUGCCAUAAUACCAUCGCUCUUGAGCUCUACUGUGGGUAUGCAGGAGCCGCGGUUGACGAUGCAUAGUUCGCACACCGUAGUCAUGAUCACUCUCGACCUCGUGUCACAUCACGUGUGUCUCCCAUCUCUCUCCUCGCAUCCCCGGCUUCUGUCCCAUUCGCGUCCGCCGAACCGGUC